CAUUAGAAGUACAUUACCUCAGCCCAAAAUAAGGAGCCAAAAAUACCACUACUAGAGUAGUCUCCCUUCUCUGAGGUUCGAGAAGCGGCAAUUUAUCCUCCUCUUUUCUGCUACUGCAAUUUCUACUACUACCAGAAAUUGCAGCAAACAACAAAAACAAAGAAGGCGAUUUCCUUAAUUAAUGCUUAACUAACAACAUAAGCUUAAUCUCAAAGCUCCAUUAAUGGCGUCCACUCCUUCUCCUUCCUCUACACUUUCUCUCUCCUCUACCCACCUCUCAUUUCUCCCUCAAAAACACCCUUUUCGCCAGGGUUUGCUUUCUACGGCGACUGUUGGUCGGAAAACACGAUUUUUGAAGUUAAAAUUCUCCGCCGUAAGAGCUGUUGGUGGAAGUGGCGGCACUUCUCGUAGUCGUAGAGUAGCUUAUAGAGAAUCUCAGUCGCAAAAUCAAUUACCCAUUUCACAGUUUAAGGAGAUUGCAUCAACUUUUGUUCCUCCUGCUCUUUUUGUCGCCGUUACUUUCGUUUUGUGGAAGGUGGUUGGUAAAUUUGUUUCGCCAAAGUCCCACAAGGCUACAAGUCCUACAACAACAGAAAAUAAACCCACUUCACCAGAGAUGAAGUGGUCAUUUGCUGCCGGGACUAACCUGUUGAAAAAUAUGAGUCAGAAGAUUGAGAGGGAUUCAAAGUUGAAGCUCGAUGAUUUUGCCAAAGAACUUAGGUCAUUCGGUGUAGUUGACAUGUCAGGCCGUAAUUUUGGUGAUGAAGGUCUAUUUUUUCUUGCUGAGAGCUUGGCAUAUAAUCAGAUUGCAGAAGAAGUAGAUUUUUCUGCUAAUGGCAUCACUUCAGCUGGAGUAAAAGCUUUUGAUGGCAUCCUCCAGUCAAAUGUCUUCUUGAAGACGUUAAAUCUUUCCGGAAAUUCUAUUGGAGAUGAAGGAGCAAAGUAUUUAUGUGAGAUAUUGGUAAAUAAUAAAGGUAUCGAGAAGCUGCAAUUGAACAGUACUGGCUUGGGAGAUGAGGGAGCCAAAGCUAUUGCAGAAAUGUUGAAGAAAAAUUCAAAUUUGAACAUUCUUGAGCUUAACAACAACAUGAUCGACUAUUCUGGUUUUGCAAGUAUUGCUGGGGCGCUAGUUGAGAACAGCAGCAUCCAAAGCUUAUACCUCACUGGCAACUAUGGUGGUGCUUUGGGGGUUGCUGCUUUAGCUAAAGGUAUUGAGGGGAACAAGUCCUUACGGGGCCUUCACUUGCAUGGAAAUUCUAUGGGAAAUGAAGGAGUCCGUGCUUUGAUGUCAGGCUUGUCAACACGAAAAGGAAAAUUGAUACAGCUGGAUUUGAGCAACAAUGAAAUUGGUCCCAGAGGUGCUUUUCACAUAGCAGAAUAUAUAAAGAACACCAAGAGCUUGUUAUGGUUGAAUGUUUACAUGAAUGACAUUGGGGAUGAGGGGGCAGAAUAUAUUGCUGAUGCACUAAAGCAGAAUCGAUCAAUCACUACCGUAGACUUGGGAGGAAAUAACAUUCAUGCUAAAGGAAUGAGUUGCAUUGCCGAGGUCUUGAAAGAUAAUGAUGUUAUUACAACAUUGGAAGUUGGCUAUAAUCCAAUUGGGCCUGAUGGAGUUAAAGCGUUAGCUGACGUUCUCAAAUUCCAUGGAAAAAUACACACACUUAAACUCGGCUGGUGUCAGAUUGGACGAAAAGGUGCAGAGUUCAUAGGUGAUAUGAUAAAGUAUAACACAACCAUAUCGACACUUGACUUGCGAGCAAAUGGGUUGAUGGAUGAGGGUGCACAGUGUCUAGCGCAGAGCUUGAAAGUGGUGAACGAAGCCCUGACUUCACUAGAUUUGGGAUUUAACGAAAUAAGAGAUCCUGGAGCAUAUGCAAUAGCACAAGCAUUGAAAGCUAAUGAAGAUGUUGCCUUGACAUCUAUAAAUCUCACCAGCAACUUCCUCACAAAACUUGGACAGAGUGCUCUUACUGAUGCAAGUGAUCACGUAUUAGAAAUGAACGGACAGGAAAUCGGCAUAUUCUUCUAGGUUACUUGUUUUAUAGCAUAUAUGAUUUUUUUGUUGUCAGCAUAGCUACUACAGCCUACAGCUACAUUUUUACAUUUAUCCCUGUCCAUAUUGACUGGGGAUGGAAAUUUUGAUGUUGAGAAUAUGAUCUUUUUUAUAGAUGCGGUAGUUGAACUUAUUUGAAUGAUGCACCGAAGUUAGGUAGGUAGGGAUUACUGGAUUAUCCAAAAAUGAUGGAUGUAAUUUGCCAAUAACAUUCGUCCAAGGUGGGUUACUCCCCUUGAUUUCUA